CGAUCUGCCAGGACCUUACGGCGAGUUCCCAUCAGGCUUUGCGCGCCUCCCUUCGCUCUUUCUCUCGGCGCUGCCGGCGGAGAGGGUGCCUCCAUUUCCCAGCCGACAUCAUGCCUGCCCUCAGACCUCUCAUAAAGCCUAAGAUCGUCAAGAAGAGGACCAAGAAGUUCAUUCGUCACCAGUCUGAUCGCUAUGUCAAAAUCAAGCGUAACUGGCGCAAGCCAAGAGGUAUUGACAACAGAGUUCGCAGAAGAUUCAAGGGCCAAAUCUUAAUGCCCAACAUUGGGUAUGGUAGCAAUAAGAAGACAAAGCAUAUGCUACCAUCAGGAUUCAAGAAGUUUCUGGUACACAAUGUCAAAGAACUCGAGGUGCUAAUGAUGAGCAACAAGUCCUAUUGUGCAGAGAUAGCACACAAUGUCUCAUCCAAGAAUCGGAAGGUAAUUGUGGAGAGAGCAGCUCAGCUCGCUAUCAAAGUCACCAAUCCAAAUGCCAGACUGCGCAGCGAAGAAAAUGAAUAAAUAGUUGUUUUUAUACAACUGUAUUUAAUAAAGGUAUCAAAAACAUUGAAAA